CGGCGCUCCGUUGCUCAGUCAGUCAGGCAGCUGCUGUUCUGCACACAUACACACAAGAGACACACAGGUCUGAAUGGUGAAAGGAAGGUAAAAGCGGCUACAGAAUCGCCUUUUACAGCGGAAUGUUCACUCGAAGGGGUUAUGGAGACGUCAAGAAAUCUACACAGAAAGUUCUGGACCCAAAGAAGGAUGUUUUCACGCGUCUGAAGCAUCUGCGCGCGCUGUUAGAUAUUACUGACAGGAAUGAACUGAAGGCAUUUUUUGAAACCAACUGCUCACAGAUUUAUUUUAUCUUCUAUGAAAAUUUCAUUACACUGGAAAGUAACUUAAAGCAAAAAGGGAACAAAUCUCAACGGGAGGAGCUGGACUCCAUCCUCUUUAUUUUUGAAAAAAUUCUGCAACUUCUACCUGAGAAAAUCAACAGUCGAUGGCAGUUUCACAGUAUAGGUUCUAUUCUCAAAAAACUUUUGCACACUGGAAACUCGUUCAAGAUCCGCUGUGAGGGCAUGCGUCUGUUCCUGCUCUGGCUGCAGGCUCUGCAGAGGAACUGUGCCGAAGAGCAGCUUCUCAUCUUCGCCUGUCUGAUCCCAGGAUUCCCUGCUGUACCCUCAUCCAGAGGACCCUGCACACUGGACACCAUCAUAUACAACCCCUUUUCCAACCCGCCUGAUGCCAAGAUUGUGCCAGAGGAGAUCAGCCCACUGGUGCCUGCGGUUCCUGGAGAGAAGGUGGCAGAAGACCACACCUGCUCUGUCCUCCAGAUUGUGCUCAAGGUCAUGGUUCUCCAGGCAUCCAGCUUGGACUGGAAAAACAAAGAGAGCCAAGACACAGGCUUCAGAUUUCUCUUUUCCCUGUUCAAGAAGUACUACCUGCCUCAACUCUUCCCCACUUUCACAAAACAAACCAACCUCUACAAGCCACAAUUAGAUCUUCCCAUUCACAGACCAAAGCCCCUCUACGUCCCUGUGACGCGUAACAGUGAGAGCACGUACUGCACUAGGGAUCAGUACCUGGCUCCCCGCGUGGCCUUCAUCACGUGGCUCGUUAACUUCUUCCUGGAGAAGAAGUAUGUGAACUCGGCCACGAGCAGCUCUAAGAACGGAGGAGAGGUCCUUCCUAAGAUCAUCCAGACUGUGACUGCGGGCGGGAUCAGUCAGGAGAAGAGCGCAGACUCUGAGCCCAACGGUCCUGUGGAACAGGAGAAGAAUCACUCCAACAGCAGCACGCUAUCAGACCGCCGGGGCAGCAACUCCAGUCUGUGUAGCAUCGAGGAGGAGCAUCGCACCGUCUACGACAUGGUGCAGUCCAUCCUGCUCUCCACACGAGACAACGUCAAUUUCGUCAAUGAGGUCUUCCAUCAGGCUUUCCUUCUGCCGGCCUGUGAAGCUUCAGCCACUCGCAAGGUGAUCAAAGUAUAUAGGAAGUGGAUUCUGCAGGAAAAACCUAAUUUCAUGGCUGAGCCUGAGACAACAAGCCAGGAGGAAGAUGGAGAGGAAGAGCACCUCAUCUCUGAGACGGACACUGCACACGUCCAGGUCUUGGAGACUCAUGGACACAAACGAUCAUCCAGUUGGGGGCGCACUUACUCCUUCAGCAGUGCCAUCAGCAGAGGCUGUCUGACUGAAGAACAGAACCAGGACAUGAAGGCUGGCAUCCAGCCCACCCUGCAGGUGUUCCUGACAAACUCUGCCAACGUGUUCUUGUUGGAGCCGUGUCAGGAUGUGCCCAAGCUGCUGGAGAACCAGCUGGAGGUGUGCCGAGCUGUGCUCAGUGUCUACCGGCACAUUAUUAUGGAGCAAAACAUGAACCGCCCGACCUGGGAGCAGUUGUUGCAGGUGUUGUUGAGAAUCACAGAAGCAGUAAUGAAGAGACCACAGGAGGACCAAAAAAAAGACACGUUCGCCCACAGCCUGGCCAGCAUCCUCUUCAAAACGAUCUUCGUGGCGUGGGUGCGGGCCAACCUGACCGUGUUUAUCUCUCGUGAGCUGUGGGACGAGCUGCUGGCUGUGCUGUCCUCUCUCAGCCACUGGGAGGAGCUGGUGUUCGAGUGGGCCAGCAUCAUGGACUCUCUCACCGCAGUACUGGCCCGUCACGUCUACAGCCUGGACCUCCACAACCUACCGCUGGACAAGCUCUCAGAGCAGAAGGAAAAGAAGCAGCGGGGCAGGGGAGUGAUGCAGGACUCCCAGAAGUCUACAGAUGCAGCACGGUCGUUCUCCUUGAGCUGGAGGAGCUCUGGAGAUCAGGUGGGCACUCAGGAACCCAUGAGGUUCCGCAGUGCCACCACCACUGGAGCUCCCGCUGUGGAGAAAGCUCGCAACAACGUUAGGCAGAAAGCUUCAGAUGUGGAGGAGUGUCAGCUGUCUGAAUGUGAGAUGGGGGAUGGAGACAGUCCUCUGCCCCGCAGCAGUAGCACCUCUGACAUCACACAGCAGAUCAACGACACCUUCCCAGGUCAGAAGAGAGAUGAAUCUGUGUCAGAGAGCAGCUCUACAGGGAAAAGAGAGGGCGACGCUCCCACGAUUCUGAUCCGGCAGAGCAGCAGUCCAGCAGAUCUGGAUUAUCCAGCAGACGGAGCUCCAGCAUUCCUGAAGAAAAGUCAGAAGAGAGAUGAAUCUGUGUCAGAGAGCAGCUCUACAGGGAAAAGAGAGGGCGACGCUCCCACGAUUCUGAUCCGGCAGAGCAGCAGUCCAGCAGAUCUGGAUUAUCCAGCAGACGGAGCUCCAGCAUUCCUGAAGAUUAAACUACGGGAGAAAAGUGAGAGUGUGAGCAGUGAGACGUCUAAUGGUUAUCUGAACGAUGCUGAGGUGGGUCUGCUGGCGUGGCACGCGGUCGAGGAGGAGCCGGACUCUCCCUCUACACAUGACAUGAGCAUGAGUGUUACUGUGGACACAGUGAGCCAGAGGAGCCUCCUGCUCAGCCACACUGAAGCACUGGCAGGGUCAGAUUGUGCCGCCCCUCCUCACUGUCCCCCAGUGUCUCCGGCUCUCCUCGUGCCUCAUGGCUGCUGUGAGGGCCCUCAGCUCCUGGAGGAUGCCAUGAAUGUGCCUCACCAUCUGGACAGCAGUGAGUUUCUGGCUGAUGACGUCAGCAUCAUCGCCGGCGGCAGUUUGACCGGUUGGCACGCCGACUCGGCCUUCGUUCUCUGGAGGAGGAUCUUGGGGAUUCUAGGUGAUGUGAACAGCAUCCGCUGUGCCCGCAUCCACGCCAAGGUCUUCAGUUACCUUUACGAGCUCUGGCACAAGCUGGCCAAGAUCAGAGAUAAUCUUGGGAUCAGAGUGGAGACAGACACAGCCGUGGCCAGACCCUUGUUCAUCCCUCCUCUGCGCAUGCUGGCCUCUUGGCUCUUCAAGGUGCUGCACACUUGUGUAUCAGGGUCUAACCUGCACACUCAACAGAGCCACUACCUCCUCAGCCUUGCUGAUCUGUCGACAGACUAUGAACCCUUCCUUACUUUAGGCAAUGUCAAGAGCUUUGAACCACCACCCAUCCACAAUGUUAUGGGAGACUUUGGAAAUCUCCUCACAGUGGCUGAAGAAAAGAAAAGGAGAAGCCUAGAGCUGAUUCCUCUGACUGCUCGGAUGGUAAUGACACACCUGGUCAAUCAUUUGGGCCACCAUCCUCUCAGUGGCGGCCCCGCUCUCUUAAACAGCCUGGUCAGUGAGAACCACGACAACCCCUACGUAGAGUCCUCCGAGCUCUCCUCUGAAGUCUUCAAAAGCCCCAAUCUGCAGCUCUUCGUCUUCAGUGACAGCACACUAGUCUCAUACCUGCAGAUCCCCUCUGACAGUUCCAGCACGGCCAACCCGAGGGAUCAUUCUUCUGAGGUCCGCGUCAUCAUCAGGGACAUCUCGGGAAAGUACUCGUGGGACGGCGGUGUUCUGUUCCGCACUUUGGACGGAACUGGCUUGAGUUUGGGUGGCAGCAGAGAUCAGUCGUCUCACGACGGCGCUCGCUCUGAAAAGCAGGGCUCCAUGCGCUCCAGUAAAUGCUCCUCUGAGCUGGAAGUGGAAGAUGGCGUGGAUGUGUUGGACCAGCUUCUGGAAGACCUUGGCCACAGCAGCCCCGAGUGCCUGCCGCAGCCCCAGCUGAGGCUCACCCAGCCGCCCUCUCCACCCAUCGGCAUGAACCCUGAGAUGGAAGGGCUCAUCAUGGAUGCCAUCCACAGACAGGCCAAGCAGGAGGACGAGGAGCUGGCCCGGCUACAGACCGAAGACCCCAGCAUCAGAGCAGAGAGACAGAGAGAGCCCACGCACCACGAGCCUAAAUCUGCUUUUUACCUCUGCAGACUUCUCCUCAACGACCUCGGCAUGAACUCAUGGGAUCGCAGAAAAAGCUUUCAUCUUCUAAAGAAGAACUCUAAGCUCUUGAGAGAGCUGAAGAAUUUAGACUCGAGGCAGUGUCGAGAGACGCACAAGAUUGCCGUGUUCUACAUUGGAGAAGGCCAGGAGGACAAAUACUCCAUUCUGUCCAACACAGAGGGCAGUCAGGCCUAUGAGGACUUUGUCUCUGGGCUGGGAUGGGAGGUGAAUCUGGCCACUCACUGUGGGUUUAUGGGUGGUUUGCAGAGAAACGGCAGCACAGGUAGCACGGCACCAUAUUACGCUACCUCCAACGUGGAGGUCAUCUUCCAUGUGUCGACUCGCAUGCCUUCUGACUCAGAUGACUCCAUCACCAAAAAGCUUCGUCACUUGGGAAACGAUGAAGUGCACAUUGUGUGGUCGGAGCACACGCGGGAUUACAGACGAGGAAUCAUUCCCACCGACUUCGGAGAUGUCCUCAUCAUCAUCUACCCCAUGAAAAACCACAUGUUCUUUGUUCAGAUCUUGAAAAAAACCCAGGUUCCUUUCUUUGGGCCUCUGUUCGACGGGGCGAUAGUGACUGGAACGCUGUUGCCGAGUCUGGUGCGGGCCACAUGCAUCAAUGCCAGCAGGGCUGUGAAGUCUCGACUGCCACUAUACCAGAGUUUUUAUGAGGAGAGGGCUCUCUACCUGGAGGCCAUCAUUCAGAACCACAAGGAGAACAUGACCUUUGAGGACUUUGCUGCCCAGGUCUUCUCGCCUUCCCCCAGCUACUGGCCAACGGGAGGUGCAGGUUCCCUCAGCUGCAGCACGAGCGCUGACCUCAGUGUUACUGUGACGACCAACGACUCCAGCGACCAGGUCUCACCCACUAUACCGCGCGCCUCUAAGAACCGGGUUUCUGGAAAGCUCCGCCGCUCGGCCAGCGCCAUCAGCAAGUCCUCUAACUGAACACUUCCUCCGGCCGUCAGACUGCAUUGUGGAUGAAUGUAUCAUUUGACUCUAAUGCUUUCCACCUGUUGUUGUUGUUGUUGUUUUUUCGUGUUGAUGCCGAGUAGCAGUGAAAGAUGUCGCAAAAUUAUGUAGCUUCCCCUGCCGUGAAGAAAGAUAAACUGAAUUUAUGCUGAACCGAAUCUGCGAAUGUGAAAUGAAUUGCAAUUUUCACAGCAAUGCUGCAUUUGGACUGCGAUUUGUCCCAAAAAUGUCCUUACGACCGAGUAGCGAAUGAAUAAUGUGAGACGUUUCAAAAACCCCGAGGCAUUAGCUAGUUUUUAAUACUCGCAAUCUUUGAGCUUUUCUUCAUGUCAAACACUGAAAACCGAAUCAUUGAUGCAUAUGGGAGCGACUUUUUGUCCCGCCGCAGCACUGAGACGCUCGUACAGCGCUUUGGGCCAGUCUGAGAAAACACUGGCACUCUUGAAUCAUCAUUCUACUUCAAUAAUGUAAUCAGUGGCAUCUAAAGUACAACAGACUGCAUUGAAAUCACUUUUGUUGUUAUGAUUUACUUUUAAGCUACUCGUUUGAUCAUUUUUACGGAACUGAUUUGUGCAACAUGCUGAAUGGAAAAGGCACAUGUUUGUAUUUCAGUCGAGCGUGUGCUGCUUCAUUUGUGAACUGAACCUGUCCCGUUCCUGUCAUGUAAAUCUACUCCGACAUUCCAAUGUUUUUGCACUCACUCGGUGGUGAAGAUAUGCCGCAGGUCGAAGUUUGUUGCGUUCUUCCCUCUGUAUUUGAAUGUACAUUGCUUUCGAUUUGAUUUGAUAAUAUAUAUAUAUUUGUUUCAUGUUGUGUUUGUGUAUAUAUAUAUAUAUAUAUAUAUGGAGAAAUAUCUGCCAUCGUACUAUACCUGACUAAACGGAUGAGAAGCCCCCAGCUCCUCAGGUGAAGCUGUGUGAAGGGAGCUGUCCACAGUGCCUGUGUAAUACCUGUCCGAGUUUUGCCGUUUUAAUUGCCCCCACACUUCCUACACGGAGAGCAGCAUUUUCCCGACGAGUCUUACAUUUCACUGGAGUAAAUUGAAUGAGAUUGUCUGCGUUUUGUGAGAGCGGCUUCUGUCUGAUUAGAUGCUGGAUGGGGGUUCUUUUCCAGCUGCUUCCCCGAUUCCCGCGUGCCUCUCCGAGUGCCAGCAGCAUGCCAGCGCCCCUCUCUGUUCCCGUAGAGACCCGGCCUGGUUGCCAUGGAGACCAGGUGUUGCACACACUGCAGGCUCCGCCCAGGCUGCAACAGGACACAUGUUGCACUACUUUGCCUUACCUGUACACCUGUCUUUGUUUCGCUUCGCCUAAUACUUUUUCUCUCUUCCACGCUCUGAAUGAAAAACGCUGAUGAAUGUAUGCAAACCCACAGGCCAAAUCUCAACUGGGACGAUGCGGGUUUGAAAUGGACAGAAAAUACUGCAACUGGCCUAACUUCUGUUUGAUGAUAUGUUCAGUGUAGACUUCGUUUUGUAGUCUUGUAUAUUGUGUCUCUCUCUUUUGUUUAGUUGUUUUCUUUGAAUGCUCUAAAUUCUGAAGGAUAUAAAUAUAUUAAUCCCUGUAAUAUAACCUUUGUAUAAGACAUUGAAGAUAAGGAAGCUUGAAGAUUUCGUCAUGACUU